AUGGGCUGCGGCGCGUCUGUGCCCGCCGGGCGCGGCACCGCGCUGCUUGAGCCACAGCCGGAGACGCGCGGGAGGCUCAUGGGCAAGCCCAUCGCAGACUGGAGCACGGAGGAGGUCCGCGACUUCAUACAGCACGUCGCGGGCAUCCCAUACGACAGGUUCAGAGAUUCCUUCAUGGCUCUGAACGGCCACGCACUCACUCAGCUGACUCGGGAGUCCAUAAGUGCGGUUCCUGGACUGAACCCCAUGUGGGCUAUAAGACUGUGGGCUGAAGUUUCGGACGCCCUCGAGGAGCAAGGCUAUCCCGUGCAAGGAUUCGCUCUCGUUCAGGCGAUGUCUGCUGGACCCGGCGAGCUCCCUCGCUUCAGCGUGGCGGGCGUCAGCGUUUCCGGACCGAAGGCUGCGAGGAGAACGGUCGCCGGGGCGUGCGUUGACGACGAUGCGUUGACGGCGGCCCGUUCGAUGCCAGCUGGCACGGAGUUGCGGCCGAGGGGGGUGUCGUUCGCUGCCGGCGAGGACCCGAAGAAGACGCACAACAUCACAGCCCUCACAGGGCAAGAGGAGAUCGUCGAAAAGAACGCCGGGAUGAUGAAGGCCCUGGGCAAGCUCGAGGGGAUGGACGAGGGCCUGGCGGAGUUGGCGGGGAACGUGGCCGCCAAGGCUGCGGCGGUGGGCGGCAUCGCGGAGAAAGCAAUGGAGUUCUUCGAUGGCGAGGCCGGAGAGGCGAUCAAGCAGAUCGGCGCGGCGGCGUACAAGGCUCUGGACGGCCUGUCGGAGAUCGCGAGCACCGUGCCGUUCAUCGCGCCGCUGGGCAUCGCGGUGAAGAUGAUCUUCAAGGUGAUCAACGGCGUCAUGGCGCAGCGGAGGAACUGCCAGAAGCUGCAGAAGAUGAUCGAGGACAUGGUGGUGGUGGUGAUGGAGGCGAAAGACAGCCUGCACAAGUUCGAGAAGCAGAUCGGGGAGCUGGUCGACCACAUCAAGAAGUGCCACGACCACGUGGCAAAGUUCAUGCGCUCUGGGUUCCUGAAGAAGCUGACCAAGAGCCUGGCGGACGACAAGCAGUUCGAGAGGCUUGCCAAGCAGCUCGCCGACAAGAUGGACUACUUCGCCAAGGCCUGCGUCGCCACGACCACCAAGAACGUCACCGCCAUCAACGAGAAGAUGGACCAGAUGAUGGCGGAGCUGUCGUCGGGCAGCAUGUUCGUGUCGGAGAGCAAGGAGAUCAAGGAGCUGUGCGACUCAAUGGGGGGGCUGGACGCGGUGAUGGGGGACCCGGAGAAGAUGAAGCAGCUGAGUGCGAAGAUGAGCAUCUCGGACCAGGUGCUCAAGGGCGAGAUGGACGAGAUCAAGGCGCUGAUGGACGAGGGCCCGCACAGGCUCAUCUACCACGAGGACAUCCGGGUCUUCUGGCGCAUGAACUUCCGCUCCACGGAGGUCACGUGGGACAUAUUCUUCCUCGGCUUCACGCAGCGCUUCUACGACAUCGAGGGCUGGCUCAAGGCCAACGAGCAGAACAUCCGGCGGGUGCUCGACGUGGACGGGGACGGCAGCGUCAACGCGUUGGAGCUGAACAUCGCGUUCCCGGCCGACAAGUCCCUGCGCGAGUCGUUGGAGUUCAUGACGUCGCCGGGCUUCGUGAAAAACAACCUCCCGGACCUGCCGCGGAACUUCUUCGCGCGCGAGCGCAGCCAGCAGCGCGCACGGAAGCAGCUGUUCGAGGGGCACGACUCUGUGCGCUGGUUGCAAAUCGUCGGCGACGUGGGGCUGGGCAAGACCACGCUUGCGAUGGGCGUCGGGCACGAAGUGGUGCAGCAGCGGCAGUGCGGGGGGGUGUUCUUCGUCGACCUGACGGGCAAGACGACGUCGGAAGCGGCGGUGUACGAGAUCGGCGCGCAGCUGGACAUCGCGGUCAACGACAUCGACCACCUGGUGCAGGAGCUGCCGAAGAAGAUCGAGAAGCUGUCGCCGCCGAAGAUGAUGGUGAUCCUGGACAACAUCGAGAACGUGCUGGAGGAGGACGAGGAGGACUUCGUCGACGCGGUGUCGUCGCUGCUCAACUCGGAAGAGCUCAAGGUCGGGCUGCGGAUACUGUCGACAUCGCGCGUGGAGGUGUCGGAGGCGAUCCGCGACGACUACCUCGCGCCCGGCACGGGCCCGCCGACGGCUGUCAUGCCGGUCGAGGAGAUGACGCAGACCGAGAUCACGAAGUGGGUGAUGAGCUUCGUGCGCAGCGAGGAGAGCCAGAUGAAGAUCCGCGGCGAGCUGAAGAAGGCGCUGAAGAAGAGCGGGAGCACGCUGAAGCCGCUGCAGGUGCAGAUGAUCGGGAGCGGGCUGCAGCGCGGGAAGCCGCCGGACGUGGUCGUGGAGCGCGUGAUCGCGCAGAGCGAGGACGGGAGCAACUGGGUGCUCAACUCUAUCGCGGACAUGAGCCCGGUGCUCCAGGAGACGUGCCUGCGGAUGCUGGUGUUUCCGAGCACGUUCGACGAGGUCGCGGCGGAGGCGGUGUGCGGCGCGACGGUGGACAUGCUGGACGAGCUGAUGGAGUUUAACAUCAUCAAGAUGUGCGAGGCGGGGCGGUACAAGCUGCAGGGGGAGAUCCGGACGUGGUACAACUCGACGGAGCGGGGCACCGUCGUGCGGUCGAGCAAGCGCCUCGGGCACUUCGAACACGACGAGGGUCCGCAGUUCCGCAAGCAUUACAUGUCGGAGCUGCGGCGGUCCUACAAGCUGUUCGACUCGGCCAAGGUGGAGAUGGGGCUGCAGUUCUUCGACCGGGAGCGGGCGAACUUCCACGUGCUGUUCUCGGAGGGGCCGAGCGGCAUGUGCGGCGACGACACGCUGGAAACGGCCAUUGACAUCCUGCGCAUGGACCAGAUGCUGGACGCCCGUCUGACGAUCGACGACCACAACAGCCUGCUCAAGGUCGCGCAGACGCUGGUGGACUUCCCGCCCAGCCCCGCGCCCGCGCCGGAGCGGACGGCGGAGCUGCAGGCGGCGAAGCUGGAGUACGAGGGCAUGGUGCACCAGAAGCAGGCGCGGUACAGCGAGGCGCUGGAGUGCUACCGGCAGUCGCGGGCGCUGCUGGAGUCGGACCUGCUGCGGGACAAGACCCGGCUCCGGCAGCUGUGCGUGGCCAAGAUCGGGGCGGUGCUGACCAUCAUGGGGCAGUACAGGGAGGCGCUGGGCGAGCUGCAGGGGGUGUUCGACGCGAUGCAGCAGGCGAGGUCGGCCGUGCAAAAGGAGGCGCCCAGCGACGAGGCGAUGCUCGCCGCCCGCGACGCAGCGCUCUCGGCGACCCUUUUGGCCAACGUCCAUGAGAAGACUGGUCACUUCGGUGAGGCGCUCAAGCUGUACAGCGACGCGGUGGCGCUGGAGCAGGAGGCGCGCGGCGGCGAGCACCCGUCCGUGGCCAAGUCGCUGACGGCGGUGGGCGCCGUGAAGGCGUCGCAGGGCCAGUACAAGGAGGCAGUUGCGAAGUAUAACGAGGCUCUGAAUAUCUGCAAGGCCUUCUUCCACGAGGGGCACCCGCUGGUGGCUUCAACACAGAAGCGCAUCGCGGACGUCAAGGUGCUGCUGGGCGAGCUGUCUGCAGCCGAGGAGAUGUACAAGGAGGCCCUGACUCACCUCCAGGAAGAGCUGGGUCCAAACCACCCGCAGUGCGGCGAGGCAGUGCAGGGGCUCGGGCAGGCAGCGCUGGGGCGGGCGGACUUCGACGAGGCGCUGUCGUGCUUCCAGAAGGCCGCGAAGAUCUUCGCGAAGUCGCUCGGAAAGCGGCAUCCGCAAACGGCAUGGGUCAACCUUCCGAUGUCUGAGAUCUACAGGCGGCGCGCGGAGUACGCGCAGGCGAGCGAGCACGCCGAGACGGCGCUGUCGACGCUGGUGGAGGUGGUCGGGGACCAGCACCCGGACGUGGGCGACGUGCUGGAGUCGAAGGGUGAGAUCGCCAUGGCUCUGGGGAGGUUCGGGGAGGCGGAGCAGCUGUAUACGCAAGCCCGAGCCGUCUUCGAGAACACAUUCGGCGCGGAGCACCCCGCCGUCGCGCGGACCUGGCGCGCGCUGGGCGAGGUGUCGGCCGCGCAGGGCUUCUACGCUAGGGCCAUUCACGAACUCGAGCGCGCGCGGAGCAUCUUCGAACAGUCCCUCGGCAAGGAGCACUGGCGUGUGGCCCGCGUGCGUGUCCGCGCCGGCGACUGCCGCCGCGAGCUCGGCCAGACGGACGCGGCGCGCGCGGAGUACGACGCGGCGCACAGCGCACUCACUGCGUCGCUGGGCGAGCGCCACCCCAUCACGGCGGAGUGCAUCAAAGGCAUCGGGGACCUGCAUCUCGACAAGGCCGAGUUCGGCGAGGCCUCGGAGCUCUACCGCUUCGUGAUUUCGGUGUUUGGGGAGAAGCGCGGCCGCGCCCACCCCAGCGUCAACGCCCUCCGCCUGGAGCUGGCGAACGUGCUGAUCCGGCGGGGCCUGUACGCGCAGGCCGAGGAGACCCUCGAGGAGGCCAGCGACAGCGCCGGCACGAUCCUCGAGAAGCGCCAUCCGUUCUGGGCCUCGCUGGCGGAGAGCCGUGGCAACCUGGCGCGGGAGCAAGGGCAGACCGGCGCCGCCGUGGACUGGUACUCGCAGUCGCUCGUGCUGCGCAAGGAGCUGCUCGGCGACUCCCACUCCUCCGUCGGGGUGUCGAGCCGCGCCCUCGGGCAGGCAUUCAUGGACGACGGCAAGUACGAAGACGCGCUGCAGUGCUUCAAGGACGCGGAGGAGGUGUUCACGAACAGCCUGGGGGAGUCGCACUGGCGCGUCGGACGGCUGCAGGCGUACGAGGCGCUGGCCAACGACCGCCUGGGUCGCAGGCAGGAGGCCGAGUCCAAGUGCGUGCAGGGGGUGCGGAAGCUGCGCGAGGCGCUCGGCGCGACGCAUCCGUUCCUCGGGGAGGCGCUGGCCAUCGAGGGGGAGAUAUUUGCGAGCGGCGCGGACUUCGACAAGGCCGUGGCGGCGUUCGGGGCCGCGCGGGAGAUCUUCGCAGCGGUGCGCGGACCACAGCACCCGUCCGUGGCGCGCAUGAAGCGCCUGACCGCGGAGAUCCUCUGUCGGAAGGGCGAGUACGCUGAGGCCACGACGCUCUUGAACGAGGCCGAGACGUCGGUGCGCGUGAUGCUGGGGGAGGCGCACCCGGAGAUGGGUGAGCUGCACGAGGCGUUCGGGAACGUGUGUCUUGCGACGGACGACCAGACGGGCGCGCGGGCGCGAUUCGAGCGCGCGCUGGAGGUGCGGCAGGCUGCGUACGGGGACACGCACGAGAGCGUGGGGCGGGCGCUGCGGGGGCUGGGGCAGGCGGCCACGGAGGGCGGGGCGUACAAGGAGGGGCUCUCGUUCUUCGCGCGCGCGAAGGACACGUACGCAGCGGCCCUGGGGGCUGAGCACUGGCGGGUGGGGCGGGCCACGGCGAUGUACGCGGACGUGUGCGCGCGGCUUGGGAAGUUCGACGAGGCGCAGGCGUGCUUCGACGAGGGCAUCAAGCUGCUGCGGGCGGCGCUCGGGAGCGAACACCCGUUCGUGGCGGAGGCCAUGGAGCUCGAGGGCGACGUCAAGGCCGCGAAGGGGAACUUCGAGGGCGCCCUCACUUGCUACAUGGAGGUCAUUGCGGUGUUCCGCCAGGUGCGGGGCGCAUGGCACCCGUCUUGCGGCCGCGUCCUGCGCAAGAUCGGCUCUGUGCGGUGCAAGAAUGGCGACGAGGACGCCGCGAGCGAGGCGCUCAAGCAGGCGCGGGAAAUCGUGCGUGCCGCCUUUGGCGACCAGCAUCGCGAGCUCGGCGACGUUGCGGAGGGUUUCGGAGACCUGUACAUGCGCCAGAAGCGGUAUGACGACGCUCUGGGGGCGUACGAGCAGGCCCGAGACGCCUGGGUGGCCUCGCUUGGCAAACAGCACGAGCUGGUCGGGAGGGGCAUGCGGGCGAUGGCACAGGCGAUGCUGCAGCUGGGUCGAAACGACGAGGCGAGGGACCUGCUCAGGGAGGCUCGCGACAUCUACGUCAACGCGUACCACGGCGAGGGCCACUGGCGCGUCAUGCGCGUGGACAUGCUGCUCGGUCAGGCCAUGGCUGCGUCGGGCGACGUUGCAGGCGGCAAGGCCCUGGCGGAGCGCGCCGUCGCGGGCAUCAAAGCUACGCUAGAAUCAUCAGACCCGGUCGUCGCCGAAGCGGACGCUUGCAUGGCGGCCGUCUCGUCGUGA